AUGUCGUGCGCCGACGGCGUUGUUAUUUUUUUGGACGUUGACGGCGUGCUGCUCCCCGUGCCUCGCUUCACCUUCGGCGGCGGCGACCUUUGCGCACAAAGUGUUCGUGUUCUUCAGAAGAUUGUCAACGGUUGUGGCGGAGCGGAGAAAGUUACCAUUAUCCUCUCCUCCACGUGGCGCAACUUCCCCGAGCAGGUGCGGCGGCUGAAUGAAUUCAUGGAGAAGACGGUGGGGAGUAGCGUGCCGGCGGUUGCGGGAGGCACGCCGAAUGGGACGCCCAAAGCAACGGCUGUGACGUACUAUCCGGAUGACCCGUCGGAGCAGCGCCUUGUGAGGGACCGCGUAGAUGAAGUAAAGAGGUGGAUUCAUACACACAUACGGGAACACCCGGAGGCGAUUGGCGGUCGUUGGUUUGCGAUAGACGACAUGCUGCUGGACGUGGAUGACCGCAUGCGUGGCCAUUUUUUGAAGACAGAGACAGAGACUGGCCUCACAGAGGCAGAUGUGGCGCGGGCGCUUGAAAUUAUUGCCUCCUUCCCAGCACCAGCGGUGGCGGCGCAACACGCCGCGGCCGCGCUCGUUGACCCCGUCUUGAAGGACGAGGAGAUUGACAUUUUAGAAUCCCGUUGCCGCGAGUUGUCAGAGACGGUGAGUGAACUUCAAGAUUCCCUGCGGCAGUCGCGUGACGCGGUUGAGGCCCUGCAGUUGCAGCGCCGCGAGUGGGAAGCUGAGCAUAAAGAAAUGAUGCGUCGCUUUGAGGAUGUUAGUUAUCGUCUGGCGCGGUACGAUUUUGCCAGGAAGAACGAGGCACUCCGGGCGGCACUGGCGGUCCUCGAGAGCAAAACUGGGAAGGAGCGACGCGAGUUGGAGAGCCGCAUCAAAGUCCUUGUGAACCUCCUGCGAGAGAAAAAGGAGAUUGAAAAGACUGCGCGGAAGCGGCGGAAGAAGCUGCAAUGA